CUCACUGCUCAUGGAAAUUGUGUGUGACAAAUAAAGACUCAGCGUUCUUUCGUCCACCGGCACGAUCUCGCUACUCAUUGGUCGCCGUCAUCCUGGGCGGAAGCAUCAUUGUACCGCACGAAAAAAAGAUGCUAAUUCUCUGCUGAAGAUGCCGUUACCGGCCGUUGAAGUAUAUUGAAAUCUAACCUGCAACCCAAAGAUUUAGAGGAGUGUAAUACGGUGCAAUAUGAAGAUUUGGAGUACAGAACAUAUAUUCAGCUACCCUUGGGAGACAGUGAUCAAGGCGGCCAUGAGGAAGUAUCCCAAUCCUAUGAACCCAAACGUCGUGGGAGUGGACGUGCUGGACAGGAAACUGGACGCACACGGCCGCCUCCACAGCCACCGGCUGCUGAGCACCGAGUGGGGCUUGCCGGGCAUCGUCCGAGCGAUUUUGGGGACAAAUCGAACAACUACCUACGUGAAAGAGCACUCCAUUGUAGACCCCGAAGAGAAGAAAAUGGAACUCUGCUCCACAAAUAUUUCUCUUACAAAUUUUGUGUCCGUUGACGAACGUCUCCUUUACAGACCUCACCCAGACAACCCUGAUGUCACCAUUCUGACUCAAGAGGCCAUCAUCACAGUGAAAGGCGUCAGCCUGAGCAGCUACCUUGAGGGCUUGAUGGCCCUCAGCAUGUCCGCCAAUGCCAGAAAGGGCUGGGAUGCAAUUGAGUGGAUCAUUCAAAACUCAGAAAGGGAGAACGUUCCUCUAUGUGACCUGUGCUGAACAGAGCCUUAACGGUGUCCACCAGAAGACGAGGAACCUCACCAUCAGCAGAAGAAGAGACUCACCUCUGGAGACCAGAGCGAGCCUAACUGACUUUGAUCUGCCUCAGUUUUGCAGGACACUCCUUGUGAGCCUGUGAGUGUCAUGGAUGUUGAACAUGAAUGUGUGAGUGUCACUUUUAUCCCAUGGAGAUAUUCCGAUGAUGAUUUUUCACUUCAGGUGUUGGCAGAGAAGGCAUUAGGCCAUGCUUGAACUUCAGGUUCUGCAGUCACAUGUUAUCAUGAGCAUCAUGGGUAACCAUUCUCUAAGAAACAUUGGGAAUUGAAUCAAAUGAAAUCAAUGAAUUCACAGAUAGGGAAAGACAUCUCUGUAAAAUGCAUUCCAGUAUUUUCCUUUAAUAUUUUGUGUGAUGAGUUUUGUAAACACAAAGAGCAUGCUUUUCCGAGCGGCCCGAGAGCAGAUGUGUUGCACAGUACAGUUGUCCUCUUCAACACUGACAUUCAGUCCUGUACUAGAGUCCUGUUUCAAUAGAUCAAACGGACUUCCUGUGACAUCUCUGGCCAUCAUCAGAUUCUACUUGAUUAUUUUUUCUCUCUUCCAAAUAGCCAUGCAUGCCACACUGUGUGAAUUUUGUAAUUGAUUUUUCUGUGAUUAAGCCUCAUUUCAAACUUCCAAAUUUCAUGUCAAAUUGCAGCUACAAAGUAAUCCAGCCAGCCAUGCAUGGUAGAUAUGUUCUAUUCAGAGAACGCAUUAAGGUUAUUUUCAUGACGAAGUAUGCCAUGACAGUGCUGCUUGGUGACAAAAUGAGUAUGGACUAGUAUUUAGCAGCAUUGGUUUGCAGGUCCUCUGUAGCACAUUGUAGCACAGUGAUGCUAUGAAUCUUUAGGGUAUGGAGAAGUAUGGAGACAUUUACAUUUCAAAGCAUAAUGUGAGUGAGUCGCAUCUGUGUGGCAAUUUCAAAUACACUGAUGCAUUACAGUGGGGGCCCAAAAGCAGACGCUGAUGAAGGCGUCAAUGCACCUAAUCUGAUAUGAAAAAGAGGAUAUGUCCGUCUUGUUGCGUAGAUACUGAACGGUGGAAACAGUGUAAGUCUUUUAAGGCUAUACUCACUGGGUACCGAUAGAACACUGGUGCUUUUUGUGUAUGUAUUGUUUAAGAAAAGAGUUUACUGACGAAAGAAUAUUUCAGGAAAGGUUUGCAUGGAGCUGGAGUGCUGUGGAGCUGUGGCUGUAGGCUUAUCGAUCUGCUGUUGUUUUCUGGUCAGGUAAACGAGUCACACUUGUGCUCAAUUAGGAGUGGCAUUUAUGGUACAUUAAUGGGUUUCUAGAAACCACGCAAUCUGUGGUAUAUUGUGUAGUCCAGAGCUUGAGCACAGCAACCAGCGAAGCACAAAGUCAGCCACCUACAGACAGCAGGAUUUAGUAUUUUGUCAGUGCAGCGGUAAGAAGAUCUCUAGAGCCUUCAGCCUUGUCUCUUCCACUACUGGCCUGGAUAAGGAAUCUAGAUAAUCCAUGACUCCAGAUUCACCUAUUUGGUGCUUAUAACCAUUUUCUGAAUAUUCAGAGGGUCCUUUUUUUACUAAUAUAAAGUAAAUGUGUUUGAACUUUCAAAACCAUGUUACAUUGCUGAAUCUAUGACUCUAGGACUCUCCAUCUCCACUAGCCAAUAGCUAUUAAUUUGCCAAUAUUUGCUGUCUGUAUUCCAUAAUUCAGAGAUUUAGCACUUUAUUUUUGUUUACAAUGUCAUGUUGGUACACUUAUGACUACUGAAAUGUUUUAUGUUUACUUUGUGUUGAUGUUGAAUGCCACUUUGACCUAACUUAUGAUUUACCUUUUAUAUUUAUGUUGAGACACUGAAUAGUUCCAAAAACCAAUGUUAAAACUGGUUAAUUGGAGGACUGCUGUUGUAUUUUAAGACUUCUGUUUGUGGAGGUUUUACCAUUUAGAUUUUGAAACAACCUCUGACAUCAGUAAAGCAAAAUCUUCCAAAA